UGGCGUAUGAUCAUCAAAUGCAAAGUAAAGCUCAUUCACGCUCGUGUACCUUUUGGUCGCAAAUAGGGAGGCGGGCUCCGUGACUCCAUGUCGUUGAGGUUACGACAGGCUGUUGCUGGCAGACCAAGUAGAGAAUCAAAGCAAUGCCUGGAUAUCGUGAAGCACGAUGACCAAGUAUACAUUGCAUACACUUCGUCUUCUAAUGUCGUACUCGUUUCACCUGAGCUAGUUCUCUCCGAUACGCUUGAUUUCUGGAGUGCGCUCCCGCCAAGAGCUGCAAGCUCAUCGAAUCAACGGGUGCAAGGUGUUCGAUGUGUCGAUGGAUUGAUCAUCGCCUGGUCUGGCAUUCAUGUGGUAGCGUGGCAGCGUGCCAUUCGGGGCAAACGAAGAUGGGAUGUCAGCUCAACAUUAGUAGCUGGAGCGCCAGUGACCACAUUGGACUUGCAUAAAGGUGCCCUCGUCCUCGGCACUUUAUCUGGAAUUGAGUGCUGGCACAUGAAUGAGAGCGAUGCAAUUGUUAUUUGGGACAGGAUCUGGGCAAGGAACUCACGCACGCCAACGUAUCUCACGAUAGCUCCCAACACGGGCCAUCUCGCUUGGUAUCGAGAUGGGGAUCGAUCUGUGCACAUCCUCCCUCUCAACGGUAAAGCUGAGCCAAUCGGAGUUCCGCAGGAGCUCAAGCACCCUCGAGAGAUUUCGCACAUCAUGUGGAGAAGGACACAGACAGAUUCGGACGAUUCUCACCUCUAUACCAUCACUGAAUGCUCGGUUUUCAGGAUCUAUUCACCGGUCCUCGACGAUCCAUCUUGGUUCCAGCUUCUUCUGACGAUAGACAGCCAAUCCUUCGCCGCGCCGGCGCCGAAGGCUGGAGGGAAAGGCAAGAUGCCGAGGCCCUCAUCUAAGGGUGUGGUCUGGCCUCUGGAUGCCCACGUUCUUUGGUCUGCCGUCCUCCACGAUCUCGACAAUAUCACCUCGACUGACAACGCCAGCACUGUCAGCGAGCUAUUAGAGAGCCUUGCUGGAGAUGAGAGUGAUGUCGUCGCCUGGAUAGGGGAUGACGGUGACAUUGCCUUUCGGUCGAUCAUGAAUAUGGACCGAAAGCCUCCGACAUUGCUUAAGACCCUGGCUUUGAGCAGGUUGAAAAUCGAUCCGAGUGUAUCGCGCCGCCUCGCUCCUGGAUCACGACUUCUGCUCAAUCCCAAAAAUGCUUCACUCCUGGCCGUCACCCAGCCUGAUUCUGGAGAUGACAACCAAUGCCUCAAACUCACUCUCCCCGACAUACUUGCCUCUCGUUCGCCAGGGAUCAUACCGGGGCAUGUCUCGCGCACAGCACACCAGCUGUCAGAUCCCAUCUCUCAUUUCGUUCGGACGCCGAAUGGUCGGGGGCUCUUGGCGGUCAGUAGAGAAAACGAGGUUGCGGUAUGGUAUGCAGAUCGCUUGGACAAGCCUUUGAAGUCUUGUGCCCAAUCGGAAGUACUGCUAGGCCGAGGUAUCUGGACUACUUCAGAUGCACCAAUCGCUAUGGCCAUCUUCGCCAAGGGACGAGCCAUUGUGACCUACUCCAGGUCGGAGGGAAAACCCACUAUUGUCUUACAGCAUCUGGAUGAAGGCAGGAGCUUGCCAUCCGAUGCAGUCACUUUUCCAGACUUUGAUCUGACGGACGACGAUGAGAUCCAGAUGCUACUGGCUGUUUCAGAUAUCGACGACGGAUACUCGGCAAGAGGAAGGCGAACGCAAAAGGCGUACAUCAUGGCAGCUAGUCGACAAGGCCACGCCUGGGUCUGGAAGGUUGACUCUCGGCUCGCUGGAUCCGCUCCGACCUCACCGGAAGCUACGACCCUCGUCUUUCCUGACCUUCAUACGAGUCGACCAACCAUAUCUGCACCACCUGACAUCGCCCGCUUGUCUCGGUUCGUCCUUCCGGUCUCUGGUAAUCUGGCUCAUGUCCUUCCCGUCGAUCCGAUGGGAUGGCAUCAGUCGGUAGUUGACUGGAAAGCCAACGUCCCACUGCAAGACAUGAUCCUGACGAUCUCCAAAGAUGGGACGCUAGAAUUCUGGCGUCCAGCCUUGGGUCAUCACUUUGAUCAUGAGCAUUUACGGGCACGCUUUACGACUUCCAAGUCUGAUUUGGAGGGAGAAUUGUCGGACGACGAGAAAGUCCCUGGUCACACGCACGAAGCUUGGAGCAGGACGGGGUCAGUUCGCACGGGGAUUUGUGAUCCUAUCAUGGCGCGCUGCAGUUCUCGCAAGAAAACGGUUAUCAUACGUGAAAAAUCGGAAGUGGAGCAUGAGAUGACCAUUUGGGACUCUAAUACGAGCGAAUUCUCUACCGGCCUGGAAUUAACUCAUUGUUUCCUACCCGGAGAAAAAGUUCAAGAUCUCGAUUGGACGACGACUUCAGACUUGCAGUCCGUUCUCGCCGUUGGCUUCGAAUUCAAGGUCGUUUUGGUUUGCGAGCAGAGGAUGAGCUAUGAUGGAACAUCGGCUGGGUGGGCGCCGUUCAUGCAGAUCGACAUGACUAGCUACUCCUCGAUCCCGAUUUCCGACUCUAUAUGGCUUGCAGAGGGCUCUCUGGCUGUGGGCGCAGGAAAUCAGAUCUACCUCUUUUCUCGAUUUCUGGACAGGGACACACCGGCUCCUACGCCCGCAGCAUCGCUACGCCGAGCCGAGACUGGUCCAGCUCCAGUCUCGACCGCAAAACUUGGCGAAGAAAGUGACGAGCCAGAGGAUUUGUUCCAGCUCAUCGCCUAUGAGAACGGACCGUUAUGGGAUUAUCACCCGACCAUGUUAUCUCAGUGCUUGCUUUGGAACAAGAUUGAUCUAGUCAAGAGGAUCUUGCUGAAUCUACUCGAGAAUCUGAAGCAUGCCGAGAUUCUCAACAGCAGGAGGCUGCGAUACAAGCGUUUAGAACCGAGCGAGUUUCUACACACCCACAAGGCUGUCGUCCGACAGGACGCCAAGGCGACAGUGGGCAAGUACGAAGGCCUGUUCGAUACGACACCUACCCCUGCGGUCUCUGACGGUAUCGAGACGAGCCAUGACGAAUUCGAUUCUCGAGCCGUCAAUGACCUUAUCGACCGGCUUGAUGGCCCAGUGCGCAUUCCUCUAAACAAAACAGAGAAGGUCCUACUUGGGACAGUCGCUCGAGCCGUCUUGGAAGUCGACCGACAACGAAGGGCUUUGGACAUUUGUGGGCUCAGGUAUCUCUUAGCCGUGAGGAUGUUUGUCAAUCAUGCUCGGAGCACCAGCGGGACAUCUACACCAAUGCCCAAUGGGCGUCACUCAGCGCCAAGUCGAAUCACCUCUAUCCUAGGCAUGAACGGGCUUUCAGCCAUGGUCAAACCUCGUCGAUCCCUCUUGUCAUUCCGAAACGUCGUGUGGGCAAUGCACAGUGAAAGUCAGGACAUGCUUCUCUCUGCGGCGACGGAGACAUGCGACAAUGGCAAGAUGUUAUGGGAAGAUGCGAGCUCUCUCGGCGUUUUCUGUUGGUUGAAAUCGACCGAAAUUGUCAAGGCACAACUCGAAGUGGUGGCUCGAAAUCGGUUCAUGAGUGACGACGAUCGUGAUCCGACGACUUGCUCUCUCAUCUUUUUCGCGCUGGGAAAACGCAAAGUUGUUCACGGGCUUUGGCGGCAGGCUCCAGGACACAGGGAGCAAUCCAUGAUGUUGAAAUUCCUUGCCAAUGAUUUUGACCUAGAGAGAUGGAGAACGGCUGCUGUGAAGAAUGCUUAUGCGUUGCUGAGUAAGCAGCGGUAUGAGUACGCCGCAGCUUUCUUCAUGCUCGCUGGUCAGCCGAAAGACGCUACCAACAUCAUUCUUCGGCAUUUGGACGAUUGGCAAUUGGCGUUCGCCCUCGCUCACGCUGUGGAGGGAUCGACAGAUGGUCCGAUCGUUAAGAGCAUCCUGCACGAUGUGGUUCUACCGCGAGCCUUUCAAGGAGGACAUCGAUGGCUUGCAAGCUGGGGCUUUUGGGUUCUCGGCAGACGAGAUCUAUCAGUGAGAGUGUUGAUCUCACCCAUUGAAGAUGUGGCUUCGUCCGCACCCUCGCUGGAUCGUUCGCUCAUCGUUGGUGAUCCUGCAAAUGAUGAUCCGAGUCUAUUGCUUUUGUUCCAACACCUCAAAUCAAAGUCUUUGCAAACGGCCAAAGGGACAAACGAGAUUCCUGAAAAGACAGAGUUUGACUUUGUCUUGCACAACGCUAGGGUCUUUUUCCGAUUGGGUUGUCACCCUCUAGGACUAGAUCUACUCCAUUCCUGGUCUUUCGACCGACCAUUCUUCCCUGUGUCUCGGACUCAAUCACAGAUACAGAGCUCGAAUGCGAAACUGCCGCUGCAUUCGUCUGAAGGCACGUUGGCAGCACCACAACGACCGGGCAUGUCACUUCGCGUGCCGGCUGCUCGUGCCCGGCGGACAUCCUUCAUGCUCAAUCAUUCAGGACGGGAAGCGAGUAUGGUCAUGGACAUGGAUAUGCAGACGUUGACAGAGGGCGGAUCGGGACAAUCCUCAAGAAUGCCUUCGCCCCCGCCGCGGCCCGAGGCUAACGGAGAGACCGGCGCAGGGGCUCUUGGGCUGGAAAUAGGCAAGGCAACUUCGAGCUCAAAUGGCCCAGAACAAGUCAGCGAUCCGGAUAUUUCUGGAGAUGGUGGUGGUUCUAGGGAGGGGAUCGCGCCUGUGUCGGACUCUGUGGAACAGGACAAGCCGAAGAAGAUUGGUAAUCUGAUGAAGGAGCUCCAGGCGGACGUCCAGCAGGGUGCUCAGGAGUUCAAUAUGGACAAUUUUUUCUGAGAGACAUGGGCCACGAGAGCAGACCAAUAGGAGGCUAGAGACCUCGGCCUGUGGUUGUUGUGCUAGACUUUCUUGAAUCUGUAGCGAUACGAACACUCACUCAUGAUGCAUUUUGCCAAGGCCCGAGGUCAAUAUUGACGCCACGCACGAAAGUCA